UUUCAGUUAUGAAUACUUAAAAUUCUUAUUGAAAAAAGCAAAACAAGGCAAUUGUAUUAAAGGGAAAACAAGAAAUACUUGCAUGAUUUCGUUAACUUUCUAUGACUGGAUAAGUUUUUCCAUUAGCUGGCGAGAAACCUCAGUUCUAAACUGAUAUUCACAAGGAUGUCGGGCGAAAUUAAAGAAGCAUGUGCACGUGCGUUUGCUUCCGUUGACGUGAAUGGGCGUGGCUACAUAUCACGUGACCAGAUGAUAAUGGCUCUCAGAAUAUUAAAUUUCAAUCCUAUUGACAGUGAGGUGGAAGAAAUGCUACAAGAAAACGACAAUAAAAGUUUUACCUAUGACCAAUUCGUGGACUUUGUGACUGACAUGAAACUACCAUCAUUGGAAGAACAGAAGAUGGAUCUAAGAGAAGCAUUCGCAUUGUUUGACAGAAUGAAUACAGGUUUCAUUUUAAAAAAUGAAUUUAUCGAAAUUCUGACUCAGUGUGGAGAAAUGAAAAUUGAUGAAAAAGAAGCCAUGUCUUGGGCGGAAAUGCUAGAUCUUCAUAAGGAUGGAAAGCUUAGAAUUUCAGAGCUGGAAGAGCUAUUUGUUAACGAUGAAGAUGUACAGAGUAUAAUGGACGCACAAUCAUGGGAAAUGGUGUGAAUACAAGCACAGGAUGCUUAAAAUGUGUGACAGGCUGUUUCUACAACCGAACCCUGUACGUGACUGUCGUGAAGGUCUACUUGAAGGACACACACUAAAUAGCACGAACAUUUAUGUUACUGUCAAAUCUUAUACACACUUUUACAAAAGUGCAUGUAAAUUGUCAUCACAUUCUAUAUAAUGCACAAUACGGCAUAGUCUGUAAACGUUCAACUGUUAAUAACCUUUAGUCUGCUAAUGGCAAGUGAUUCUGCCUUUGCAACCAGUGCAGACCAAGAUCAGCCUGAUCAUGGUCUGCACUGUUCGCUAUUCAGUCAGUAAAUUUUCAGUGAACAUCCCUUCAAAUAUUUAAGUGGUACUGCCCAAAUUGAAUGAUGGACCAGUCCUUUUAGAAAUUGAGCAGGCUAAAAGUUAAAAUGUCAGGCCAUUCAUCUUUUGUUUUAAAUUAUUUUAAGUUAUUCACGAAUAAAGCCCAAACAAAUGGUAAUUAUGUUAGCAAGUAUGCUUGUGUUAUUGUGAUAAUAUUGCUUAUAAUAAAUGCUUAUACAAAAGUAUGUAACUAUGCAAUUGAAGUAAAUGUAUUGCAAUUUUAA